AGGAACUCUACUCAACUGAACUUUCUCCCCUCUUUCCUUCCUCUUCUCCUCCAAAUCCCACUAUAUAAAUUCUGCUCCCCUUCCCCAGCUUCUCAUCCCACUCCAAAUUUCAAACAUCAUUAAUUUCCCAUGGCCUCCUCUGCUGUUCUCUCAAGCAAUUUGUUGCUAAUUUCUUUACUAUUCGGCUCUCUGCUCAUUGCCUCUGCUGCUAAUUUCCACCAAGCAGUGGACAUUACGUUUGGGGACGGACGUGCUCAGAUUCUUAACAAUGGCGACCUUCUCACUCUCUCCCUCGACCAAGCCUCCGGCUCUGGCUUCCGCUCCAGAAACGAGUAUCUCUACGGCAAAAUCGAUAUGCAAAUCAAGCUUGUUUCUGGCAACUCUGCCGGCACUGUCACUGCCUACUACUUGCGGUCAGAAGGGUCGGCGUGGGAUGAAAUCGAUUUCGAGUUUUUGGGAAAUUUGAGCGGCGAUCCUUACACUCUUCACACCAAUGUGUUCAGCCAAGGAAAGGGCGACCGAGAGCAACAGUUCCGUCUCUGGUUCGACCCAACCGCCGAUUUCCACACCUAUUCCAUUCUCUGGAAUCCCCAGCGCAUUGUCUUCUAUGUGGACGGCACGCCGAUUAGAGAGUUCAAGAACAUGGAGUCGAUUGGAGUUGCGUUCCCGAAGAAUCAGGCGAUGAGGCUGCAAUCGAGUCUGUGGAACGCCGAUGACUGGGCAACCAGAGGUGGGCUGGUGAAGACCGAUUGGUCCAACGCACCGUUCACCGCGUCUUACCGGAAUUUCAACGAAAACGCGUGCGUUUGGUUGUCGGGACAGUCUUCUUGUGGGUCGAGUUCGUCGCCGGCCGCCGACGACAAGUCGUGGUUCUCGCAGGAGCUGGAUUCCGACAGCCAGGGAAAACUGAACUGGGUCCAGAAGAACUACAUGAUCUACAACUACUGCGCCGAUGCGAAGCGAUUUCCUCAGGGGCUGCCUCCGGAAUGUAAUGCCACUGCCUAGAUUUUGGAUUGUUUUGAUGUAUGAUUCUUUUGUUGCUUUUACAAUAAUGGCCGAUAUUCGUUUGUAUUGUAUUAGUAUAGCUAUAAUGUACACACCACUUUUGGAAUUUGAAGAUUAAUAUUUGUUUUAUCGACGAAAAACAUUGGAGAGA